CAGCAGGUCUGAGUCUGCGCAGUGAGGGCAAACCCUGACGUCACCAAAUCCCAACUGCAAUAACUUGUUGAUUUAAAGAAAGCCAUUUGGUUUCCCACAUGCUUAAAAUCUGAAAAUGAGGCCACAUGAAAAAUGGAAAGAGUCGGUUCGUGAACGUGUUUAUGACCUUGCAUUCAAGCCAGAUGGCAGCCAAAUUAUUAUAGCUGCAGGACAACGUGUGCUGGUCUGUGAUGCUAAAGAUGGAACUAUUAUCCAGCCUUUAAAAGGACACAAUGGCACAGUGUACUGUGUGGCCUAUGCGAAGGAUGGUAAAAGGUUUGCCUCAGGAUCUGCAGACAAAAGCAUCAUCAUAUGGACUUCAAAACUGGAGGGUAUUUUAAGAUAUACCCACAAUGAUGCUAUCCAGUGUGUCGCUUACAACCCAGUCACUCACCAGCUUGCUUCCUGCUCAUCUGGUGACUUUGGCUUGUGGUCCCCAGAACAGAAAUCUGUAAGCAAAACUAAAGUGAGUAGCAGAAUAACGUGUUGUGGGUGGACCAACGAUGGGCAGUACCUCGCCCUUGGCAUGAUGAAUGGUGUGGUGAGCAUACGGAACAAGAAUGGAGAGGAGAAGGUUAAAAUAGAACGUCCAGGAGGAUCUUUAUCCCCUAUCUGGUCCAUCGCCUGGAGUCCCUCCAAGGAUGAACACAAUGACGUGCUGGCUGUGGCAGACUGGGGUCAAAAGCUCUCCUUUUACAAACUCAGUGGACAGCAGAUUCGAAAAGACAAAACUCUAAACUAUGACCCUUGUUGCAUCAGCUACUUCUCCAAGGGCGAGUACAUUGUGAUGGGUGGCUCGGACAAACAGGUGUCCCUCUACACUAAAGAUGGAGUGCGGUUAGGGACCAUCGGAGAACAUAAAGCAUGGGUGUGGACAUGCCGAGUUAAGCCCGACUCCAACUAUGUGGUGUGUGGCUGCCAGGAUGGGACCAUCUACUGCUACCAACUUAACUUCACCACAGUUCAUGGCCUCUACAAAGACUGCUAUGCCUAUAGAGACAGCAUGACCGAUGUUAUCGUGCAGGACCUCAUCACUGAGCAAAAACUGAGAAUCAAGUUCUGUGAACUGGUAAAGAAGAUAGCCAUCUAUAAAAACCGCCUCGCCAUUCAGCUGCCUGAGAAGAUCAACAUCUGUGAACUCAAGGAGGACAACUCCUCCACCCUGAACUACAGCAUUAGCAAGAGAAUCUGCAAGAAGUUUGAAUGCAACCUGCUGGUGGUCUGCUCCCAGCACAUCAUUCUCUGUCAGGAGAAGAGACUCCAGUGCCUGUCUUUUGCCGGUGUCAAGGAAAAAGAAUGGGUGAUGGAAUCUAUGAUUCGUUACAUCAAAGUGAUCGGUGGUCCGCCAGGCAAGGAGGGUCUGCUGGUGGGCUUAAAGAACGGAGCUAUCCUGAAGAUAUUUGUCGACAAUCCUUUCCCAAUAACGCUGCUGAAGCUGUCAACAUCAGUGCGCUGCCUCGAUAUGAGCGCGUCCCGCAAUAAACUGGCUGUGGUGGAUGAACAUAACACUCUCUUCGUCUAUGACAACAACAGCAAAGACUUGCUUUUUCAGGAGCCUAACGCUAACAGCGUAGCCUGGAACACCCAGUGUGAGGACAUGCUGUGUUUCUCUGGGAACGGCUACCUUAACAUCAAGGCCAGCAACUUUCCAGUGCACCAGCAGAAAAUGCAGGGCUUUAUAGUGGGCUACAACGGCUCGAAAAUAUUCUGCCUCCACGUCUAUUCCAUGUCUGCUGUCGAGGUGCCUCAGUCAGCACCCAUGUACCAAUACCUGGAGCAGAAGAUGUUUAAGGAAGCUUAUCAGAUCGCCUGUCUGGGUGUGACAGACAGCGAUUGGAGGGAUUUGGCCACAGAAGCUCUCGAGGGACUUGACUUUGAAACAGCCAAGAAGGCCUUCAUUAGAAUCCGAGAUUUGCGCUACUUGGAACUGAUCAGCAGCAUUGAGGCGAGGAAGAAGCGGGGCGAGAACGACAACGAGAUGUUCCUGGCAGACGUCUAUGCCUUCCAGGGGAAAUUCCGCGAGGCUGCAAAGCUCUACAAACGCAGCGGCCACGAACCAGCCAUGAAGAAAGCUGUGAACAUGUACGCCGACCUGUGCAUGUUCGAGCACGCCCAGGAGUGUGCGGGUAUUACAGACCCAAAGGUCUCCCUCAAGCUAAUAACAAAGCAGGCAGAUUGGGCUAAAAGCAGCGAGGAGCCCCGGACAGCAGCUGAGAUGUAUCUGUCAGCAGGAGAACACAUGAAAGCUAUAGAUAUUAUCGGAGAACACGGCUGGGCUGACAUGCUAAUUGGCGUUGCACGUAAGCUGGACAAGGCUGAGCGUGAACUACUGGCAAAGUGUGCGGUGUACUUCAAGAAGCUGGGACACCAUGGCUAUGCCUCAGAGACUUAUUCCAAGAUGGGAGACUUAAAGGCUUUGUUGCAACUACACGUGGAGACGAGUCACUGGGAAGAGGCCAUCUCCCUGGUGAAGGAGCACCCACAGUUCAAUUAUGACGUCUAUUUCCCUCUCGCCCUUUGGUUUGCAGAAAACAGUCACUUUGAUGAGGCGCAAGAAGCAUUUAACAAGGCUGGGCUUCAUAACGAAGCUGUAAAAGUCCUCAAGCAGCUUACCCACAAUGCAAUGGUGGAGAACAGGUUCAAUGAUGCAGCCUACUAUUACUGGAAGCUGUCCAUGCAGUGUUUGGACAUCGCCAGAGAAAAGGAAGAUCAGAGGAAGGAAAUGCUGCAGAAGUUUGAGUCUUUUCAGCAUCUUGCUGAGCUAUAUUAUGUCUACCGCUCCAUUCAGCUCUACACGGAUGAACCAUUCAGUUCCCACAUGCCAGAGACGCUCUUCAACAUAUGCAGGUUCCUAUUGAACAACCUCACCAAGGACGUACCGCCAGGAAUUUCUAAAGUCAACACCUUGUUUGCACUGGCCAAGCAGAGUCGCAAACUGGGAGCGUAUAAGUUGGCCCGGUAUGCAUACGAGAAGCUCCAGGAGCUGCACCUUCCUUCACGUUUCAGGGAGUCCGUAGAGCUGGGCAGCCUCACCAUUCACUUCAAGCCCUUCCAAGACAGUAAGGAGCUGAUUGAGGACAUGAUGUGCUAUCGGUGCUCCACAAACAACCCCCUUCUUCAGAGCAGCGUGUGCAUCAACUGCAGGCAGCCCUUCAUCUACUCCGCUUCAUCAUAUGAGGUGCUGCCUCUGGUGCAGUUUUACCUGGAGGAGGGUAUCAGGGACGAGGAGGCGCUGUCCCUCAUAGACCUGGAAGUUCCUCACACAGAUGAGGGCCAUGCACAAGGCCACACCACAGACAGAGGUGUCAUGCAGUCUAUGAGAAUAGAUGACGGUUUGGAUUAUACAGAGGAGGAUCCAUUUACAGCCACAAUGAGCUUUGAGCAAGGGGGCUCCACCUUUGUCCCCGUCAAGGUGAGCCGCUCGGCGCUGCGCUCCAUGAGCAGAAGGGACGUCCUGAUCAAACGCUGGCCCAAGCCCCUCAAAUGGGAAUACUUCCGUUCCCUGCUGCCGGAUGUGAGCAUCACCAUGUGCCCCAGCUGCUUCAAGAUGUUUCACAGUGAAGACUAUGAGCUCCUGGUGCUGCAGCACACCCGCUGCCCUUACUGUCGGCGGCCAAUUGACGGGCACAAUGGAUCGACCCUCCAACAGAGCCGAUUCAGUGAAUUUCCCUCAUUGUCGUAGUUCUUUUUAUACAACUUCUAUCUGCUGGGUCUUAAAAGGUCCUUUGUUUAAAUUAUCUACUUUUGGGGACUUAAAUAUGUCCUUAACAACUGCAGGAUUUCAGUUAUUGUAGCUUUGUCUGAAUUUUGUACAUUUGUUUUCAUGAAUUUGCUUUUUCCAUGUAUCCUUUUACCCAAGUCUUUGGCUGAUGUAGCAAAACUACAAGGCCCAUAAUGCAUAGCAGCUAACCGCCCCGUUGGUAGGGUUUCAUGGUUAGCCAUUCAACGUCCCUUUAAACAAAACUUUAAAUAUUUGUGCAUUUUCCAAGUUUUUUAUAAACUCUAAUAAAGUGCUUUCUUUCA